AUGGCUAACCCGCUCGCUCAUAUCGACAUUCGUACUUACGAUACUACCUGCCCGCGCACGGAUCCUUUGCCGUCCAUUCAAGAGGGUAGCUUGACUAUCCGGCCGGUGCUGCAGUCGGCAGAUUCGUUUUUUGGGGCAGAGGUGUUUGGUGUGGAUUGGGAGAAGCCGAUUCCUGAUGAGCUGGUGGCGCAGUUAAUCGCCCUACAAGACCGCUACGGUGUGCUCAUAUUCCGCGAAACAGGCCUCGACAAUGCGCGCCAUAUCGCCUUUUCACAGCAACUAGGCGAGAAAUUGGAAAUAAACCCGUUCUUCUACGGUCGAGAAAAUGAUCGCUUGAAAGAACCUCUCCUGUUCGAUGUCGGGAAUAUCGAGCUCGACGGCUCCCUCGUCCAACGUGACAGCCGUCGCUGGCACCACAGUCUCGGCAAUGCCCUCUGGCACACGGACUCCUCCUACCACAAACAACGCUCCAAAUACUCCCUCCUCCUCUCCCACGGCAACCCCGUCCACGGCGGCUCCUGGACUCACUUCGCCGACACGCGCCGGGCGUACGCCGACCUCCCACCCGAGAAGAAAUCCCAGCUGGAAGAUCUUAUCGUGGAACAUGAUCUCUGGCACUCCCGCAAACUCGCCUCCCCGAUUAUCUACGGCUCGCCACUCCCUCACGAACUCGCCGCAAAACCCCCCGCAUUUCAUAAAUUGGUGCAGACGGCCCCGGAUGGACGGAAAACAUUGUAUUUGGCUGCUCACGCGAAACGGAUUGUGGGGUGGGAGGUGGAGGAGAGUCAGAGGUUGAUUUGGGAGUUGAUUGAGCAUUGUACGAAAUCGGAGUAUGUGUUUAGUAUGGAGUGGUUGAGGGGUGGGGAUAUGGUUUGGUGGGAUAAUCGGCAGUCGAUGCAUCGGGCGAAUCCGUAUACGGAGGGGAUGACGGCGAGGGAUGUACGGAGGUCGACGGUUGUGGAUGAUGGGGUGGAUGCGUUUGGGGUGGUGGCUUGA